UAUUUUGACAGCAAAACACUGCACAUUUUUGCAAAUCGAAACUCUGAUCCCCGUUAUAUGGUUAUUUUAACACCUUUUGUGUUUUAUACUGCACAUUUAUUAGCUAAUUUUACUUGUGUGGCGGAAUUGACAGUGUUCAGAAAGAGAUCAGUCUUCUGCUUCUAGCAAAAGAUGAAGGUUCCUAGUGAUGAAAAUGAGUUGGUGGAGGAAGCCAGUAGCAGUUCAACAUCAGUAGACAACUCCAACAACGAGGAGAUUCCUCCUUAUCUACGUGAAGAACCUCCUGAAGACGGAGAGAAGGACCACCCUAAGACAGAGGCGGGGGUCAUCUGGAGGGUGACCGGCGGUCUCUUCAACAUGACCAGAGGGGCGGUCGGAGCGACAUGGGGAGGCGUGGCCUGGGUAGGCUGUAAGAGCUAUGACAUCACCAAGACGGUGGUGACCAGCGUGCCGGCCGCCGGCGUGGGAUUGGUCAAGGGUGGCGUUUCCGUGGUGACAGGAGGAGUGGGGGCGGUAGGGUCCGCUGUAGCCAGUAAAGUUACACCAAAGAAAAAGGACAAGUCUGAUUAGGCCAAGACCCAACUACCACCCCAUUGCUACAGUAUAGUUUAUAAAUGUCUCCCUAUCUGUCUGCUGUGUAUAGGUUCCAUUUGGUUGCUUGGGGUAACCAUUCAGAGUUGAAAAAGGCACAAGUA